AUGGACGAGGUGCUGGAGGCGUUCAGGGACGUGCGCGCGCGAACGCACGUGGACGGGACGCUGGGCGCGGGUGGACACGCGCGAGCGAUGAUCGAGGCGCACGAGGAGAUGGAACACUUCGUCGGGUUCGACGUCGACGCGUCGGCGCACGCGCUGGCGAGGCCGAGGCUGGAGCGGGCGAGGGCGGCGACGCGAGGCGACGAGGCGACGACGACGCUGCGGUUGAGUCUGGUGGAGGCGAAUUUUAGACGGAUGCGCGAGGCGCUCAGAGCGCUCGACGUCGACGGGGUGGACAGCGUCGUGUUAGAUCUCGGGGUGAGCUCGAUGCACCUCGAUCGCGCCGAGCGUGGGUUUUCGUUCAUGAACGAUGGACCGCUGGACAUGCGCAUGGGGGAGAGCGCGACGACGACGGCGGAGGAAAUCGUCAACGCGUGGCCGGAGGAAGAGAUCGGUAGGAUUUUGCGCGAAUACGGCGAGGAAAAACACUGGCGAUUGUUGGCGAGACGGAUAUGCGAGAGACGGGCGGAGAAGGAGAUUAGGACGACGCGCGAGCUCGUGGACGCCAUCGGCAACGUGCCGGGGAAGUGGGGGUCGAUUCAUCCCGCCACGCGCACGUUUCAAGGCAUACGAAUCGCGGUGAACGAUGAGUUGGGCGCCGUCGAAGACGUCAUUCCGGCCGCGAUCGAGGCGCUGCGACCGGGCGGACGUUUAGCCAUCAUAUCGUUUCACAGUUUGGAGGAUUCCAUCGUGAAGAGGCGGUUUCGCCACUUCGCGGGACGCGCGGAACCGCCGAGCGAGGAGGUGAAUCGAUACAUGCCUCAACCCGAGGCGCCGCCGAAAAUCGUGAAAUUGAUCACGCGUAAGCCCAAAGUGCCGACGAGCGCCGAGAUCGACGUCAACGUGCGAAGUCGGAGCGCGAAGCUGCGCGUGUGCGAAAAGUUGUAG